UUUUUUUUUUUCUACGCAAGGUGACAAUAUCGAUAUAAGAUUAAGAAUAAAUUCGCGAAAGGUAAUUCGACUAUGAACGAUAUUUUCUAUCCAUUCACAGAUUAGACCUAGCCGGGUUAUACAAUAUAUCUAAUCAAACGUCCAACUGGUGCGAUACGAAUAGACACGCACAACACACGCGUUGCUGGAGGAUACAGUGAGCGGUUCACCGGUGACAAAAGUGCGUUAUUUGAUAUCGAUCUGGGAAUGUCAGUGACGAGAUAUCAUCGUUGUUAAUUUGAAAUAAUGAAGGAUUUACCGUCAGUGAUAAUCGAUUUGUUUAUUAUAUGGAAUGUAGUAACUGCAGGGACGAUUACACACGCUCAGGAAAAUCUAAACUACUAUUAUAAUCAACCACCUGGUGGCUACAGAUUUCAAGAAUCCCGAUACUCGACACCGGUCAGACGAUGGGCACCAGACUCUCCGGGCUGGGACGGCGGACCGAGGAGGGGAGUAAUCCUGCGAAGAGACACGCAGGAUCGUCCGCCGUCUACGUACUACAUCCAGGCGACGAGAGAAACGGAGCAGAGCGAUCCCCUAGUGACGAUAUCUGAGACUCUGGGCGCGCUAAACACAGUAGGAAGUUAUAUAGUGAACAUGACACGUGGGGUAGAAUCGUCGGACAAUCCACCCAAGGAGCUGCCGUCAGCCAUAUACACGAUAUCGAAAAACAUUCUUGGCAGAAACGUAACUGACAGCAUAGCUCCUCUGGUUCGUGGUGUGACGAUGCCUAUAAGACUUGGCGGUUCCUCAACUACACAGCUACACCCGCUAAGCGAAGAACUCGCCAACAAAGACUCGUCCUCGAAUCCGUCCGAAUGCACGACUGCGGAGGGAGGGCCAGGGAAAUGUCAGGAUUUGAGUAACUGUCCUCAGCUUCUUUUGGACCUCACUAAACUCAGGCAAUCUUUGUGCUUCAAAAGCUUAUUUGUGCCCGGAGUCUGCUGUCCUAUGAACGGCGGAUCCCAGCCCGAUGAAAGACCUACAAGUACCGACGGCACCUAUCCUGGCAGCGGUAGUGGUACGCGCCCCACCAGGCCACCGUAUCAACGUCCAACCAGACCGUCGACUCCCAGGCCGAUCCCUCUUCUCCCAGUAACUUCCGAGGCCCCUUUGACAACGGAUUCUACUCCCGAAUCAUUUCCGUCGAGUAAUACAACUGGCUCUGAGAUUAUAGAUACAAUAGAUAACAACUAUAUCCAAGACGACGAAGAAUGCGGAGUACGAAAUGCCGGCAAGUACAGAGUCGUGGGUGGAGAGGAAGCUCUGCCGGGGCGUUGGCCAUGGAUGGCUGCCAUAUUCCUACACGGUGCAAGGCGCACCGAAUUCUGGUGCGGAGGGUCGUUGGUGGGUCCUCGACACAUUUUGACCGCCGCCCAUUGCACAAGGGAUCAGCGGCAGCGACCGUUUGCGGCGAGACAAUUUACGGUUCGUCUCGGUGACAUUGACUUGGAACGUGACGACGAACCCUCCACACCAGAGACUUACAAGGUGAAGGAAAUUCGAGCGCACCCGAAAUUCUCUAGGGUUGGAUUCUACAACGACAUAGCGAUACUGGAGCUGAACAGACCCGUUAGGAAAACACCAUAUAUAACACCGCUCUGUCUGCCUCCUGCGCGAUUCAAAGGAGAGCCUUUCGCCGGUGCCAGACCAACCGUCGUGGGCUGGGGGACAACGUAUUACGGUGGUAAGGAGAGCACGGUCCAGCGUCAAGCUGUGCUGCCUGUUUGGAGAAACGAGGAUUGCAAUGCCGCCUACUUCCAGCCGAUAACCAGCAACUUUCUUUGCGCGGGAUUCAGUCAGGGAGGCAAAGACGCUUGCCAGGGAGAUUCUGGCGGUCCACUUAUGCUCAGGACCGAAGGUCGUUGGAUGCAAGUCGGUAUUGUUUCAUUUGGAAAUAAAUGCGGGGAGCCCGGAUAUCCAGGAGUAUAUACUCGUGUUACCGAAUACAUUGACUGGAUAAAGGAAAAUAUUUAUUGAAAUCUACUAUGUUCUGAGUAUCGUUGGAUAUUCUGAACCUCGUCAGAGAGCCUCCAUGGCGAACUAGAUUUUUCUGGUUGAAGAAUUAUGUUUUGCCGAAGCGACGUGAUGAGAAAUAAACAUAAGAUCUCUUCUAUCCACGAAAUAUCGUGCUUGCGGAAAAUUAAUGAAGAUAUAAUUUAUUGCUUCGAUUAUCAAACGUGUCGCUACUGUAGUUAAUUUUUAUAUCCGUUAAACAAUCGACAACAAUAUAAUUCGGCUUCGAUGUGAUUUUAUUAUAAUGAUCGCAAGUAGAAGCAGCCUGCAUUUUUGACAAC